CAAAAGCGGCAUUUCACUCUCUUCUUUCUACUCUGGGAGUCAGAGAGAGAGGGAGAGAUUUUCGCUAACUCAUUUCUAUCGAAACAGAAUUUCAACCUUCUCGAUAACUCUGAGAGGAUAUUAUCGAGGAUCGUAAAAUAAGGGACCGAAAAGAAUCAAACUUUGGAAGAUUCCCGGAUUCCUCCUAUAAAUCCUCGUCCUGGGUUUUGCUUCUUCUUCGAAAAAGUUUCGAUCUUUCCCCGCAGAACAAGGGACAGAACGCAAGCAGAGACAAAACGAUGGUUAGGGUUUUCUUUGGGAUCGUGUGUCUUCUCGCCGUGUGUUGGGUUCAGACCAAUGGACAUGGCGAUCAACCACUCGCUAAGAUCGAUAUUUACAAGACGAGCCUUGCUCUUCAUAGCUCCGCAGCGAUUCACGCCUCUCCUCGUGUUCUUGGUUCCCAGGGUGAGGAUACCGAAUGGGUCAAUGUCGAUAUUUCAAACCCGGACCCAUCUGAAGAUGAUUGGGUCGGAGUCUUUUCCCCUGCGAAAUUCGACUCGUCUUCCUGCCCUUCGACAGACGGGAAAGAAAAAGCUCCCUACAUUUGCUCCGCUCCCAUCAAGUACAUGUUUGUGAAGACCAAUCCGGAUUAUACGAAGACGGGGAACGUGAUCUUGAAGUUCCAACUCAUAAAUCAGAGAGCAGAUUUCUCCUUUGCUCUGUUCACAGGGGGAGUUUCAAAUCCAAAGCUCAUUGCAAUAUCAAAUCCCGUAUCGUUUGCUAACCCUAAAGCACCUGUUUACCCACGUCUCGCUUUAGGAAAGAAUUGGGAUGAGAUGACGGUAACAUGGACGAGUGGGUAUGACAUAACCGAGGCUGUUCCGUUCGUUGAAUGGACCACCAAUGGACUUCCAAGUAGAAGGUCUCCUGCCGGAACCUUAACGUUUAAGAGAAACAGCAUGUGUGGUGCUCCUGCUCGCACUGUUGGAUGGCGGGAUCCGGGUUUUAUCCAUACCGCUUUCUUGAAAGAUCUUUGGCCAAACCGCAAUUAUACAUACAGGUUAGGUCAUGCCUUGAUCGAUGGAUCGACAGUUUGGAGCAAGAAUUACAGUUUCAUGUCAUCUCCUUACCCGGGUCAAGAAUCGUUACAACGUAUUGUGAUAUUCGGUGACAUGGGAAAGGGAGAGAGGGAUGGAUCGAACGAGUACAACGAUUACCAACCCGGAGCCCUCAACACUACAGACCAAAUCAUCAACGACCUGAAGAACAUCGACAUAGUUUUCCACAUUGGAGAUAUCACUUACGCAAAUGGGUAUAUCUCGCAAUGGGAUCAGUUCACGGCACAAGUUGAGCCCAUCGCUUCCACUGUCCCGUACAUGAUCGCUAGUGGCAAUCACGAGCGAGACUGGCCAGAUUCCGGGUCCUUCUACGGCCGUCAGGACUCCGGAGGGGAGUGCGGAGUUCCCGCCGAGACUAUGUUCUUCGUUCCUGCAGAGAACAGAGCUAAAUUCUGGUACUCGGCCGAUUACGGGAUGUUCAGAUUCUGUGUAGCAGACACCGAGCACGACUGGAGAGAAGGGUCGGAACAGUAUGAGUUCAUAGACCGUUGCCUCGCAUCGGUGGACAGAAAGGCUCAGCCUUGGCUGAUAUUCAUCGCUCAUCGUGUCCUCGGCUACUCGACCAAUGACUGGUACGGCCAAGAAGGAGCCUUCGAGGAGCCGAUGGGAAGAGAGAGCUUGCAGAAGCUAUGGCAGAAGCACAAAGUCGACAUCGCUUUCUACGGACAUGUCCAUAACUACGAGAGAACAUGCCCCAUCUACCAGAAUCAGUGCGUGGACGAUGGGAAAGAUCAUUACUCGGGACCCUUUAAAGGGACGAUUCACGUGGUGGCGGGAGGGGCGGGAAGCCAUUUGUCGUCGUUCAGCUCGUUGAAGCCGAGAUGGAGUUUGGUGAGAGAUUACGACUACGGGUUUGUGAAGAUGACGGCUUUUAAUCAUUCGUCGCUUCUGUUCGAGUACAAGAGGAGCAACAAUGGCGGAGUCCAUGAUUCAUUCUCCAUCUCCAGAGAUUACAGGGACGUCUUGGCUUGCGCUCGCGAUAGCUGCGACCCCACCACUUUAGCGUCUUAGAUCUCCCUGCUCUUUAGUUAGGUUUGCUAUUUUGGUUUUUGGUUAGGUUCGGUUAUAUUCGGUUUAAAAAAAUUAAUCAUUCGAUCUU